GAAAGUUUCUCCUGCGCGCGCCCCGUCCGUCCGUCCGUCCCUCCCUCCGCGCCCGCACACUCUCGCAGGCACACACACACUCACACCCCUCUCCCGCCGCCAGCGGCCGGGGGGGCAGUUUUGAAAGCCCUUCUGGUUCCACACCCAGCCGCCGCUGACAUCAUUCCCACAGGAGGGCGGGCGGAGGCACCGCCGCCGCCGCCAGACGGUCGCAGCCCCGGAGAGCUGCCCGCCGGCCCGCGCCCAUUUAACUCAGCCUAAAGCCUCCCCAGAGCAAGGAUGCUGAUUCUCUUGGCCUUCAUUAUCGUGUUUCACAUAACCUCAGCAGCGCUGCUGUUCAUCUCAACUAUCGACAAUGCCUGGUGGGUGGGAGAUAACUUUUCUGCAGACGUGUGGAGAGUGUGUACCACGAAUACGAGCACCUGUAUGGCUAUCACUGAUGAGUUCAAUGAGUAUCAAUCAAUUCAGGCUGUUCAGGCCACCAUGAUCCUGUCUACGAUUUUCUGCUGCGUGGCAUUUCUGGUUUUCAUUCUUCAACUCUUCCGUCUAAAGCAAGGAGAAAGAUUUGUGUUAACCUCUGUUAUCCAGCUCCUGUCAUGUCUGUGUGUUAUGAUUGCAGCUUCCAUUUACACAGACAGGCACGAAGAACUGCACCAGAGCCGUGGAUAUGUAAUGGAAGUUUCCAGAGGCCAAUAUGGCUAUUCCUUUGUCUUAGCCUGGAUUGCCUUUGCCUUUACCCUGAUCAGUGGAGUGAUGUACUUAGUAUUAAGGAAGCGUAAAUAAAUGUCAGCACCUAGUUAUUUCUGUCACUGCAGUACAAAACCAAAUUCCAGUAACCAUUUUGUAUAUAAUCAUUUACAUGGUUUUGUAGUAAAGGUAUUGUUUCUCUAAAAAUGUACUGUGUUCUUGAUAUGAAAUAGAAUUUAAAAAAAAAAAAAAAGAAGGCAGGUGAAAUGAAAUGCCUGGCACCUCCAGGUCAGGGGUCGGAGCAAGACAGAGACAAGUUGUUUCUUUUACAUAUUUCAUCAUCAUAAAUGGUUUUCCUUUAUUAGACAUUAACAGUUUGUUCCUGGCCUCUAGUAGAUUACAAAUAAAGCCCGUACAAAUUAAUUUGUAACCAAUAUACUAACUAUAUUCCUGGACCAGAUAUAUCUCUUUGAAAUAUGUUAAAUAUAAGGGUGUGUAAAAAAACGAGGCCCAGAUGAUGAUGAAAAAGCAAACAAUUCUAAAGCCCAAAGCUGCACUCAGAGCGUCUGCCCUGGCGCAGGACCAGUGUUCUGCUCUUUAUAAUGUGCAGUAAGUGUCAUCAAGUUUUUAUUAAAACCACUUGCUUUGCAAAAGUAAACAAGUCCUUUUUGUACUCCAACAAAUGUUUCUCUUGAUUGUCUUUCACAUUUAAUUUAAACACACAGAGCCUUUGGUGGGAGCACUUAUCAGCCAAUUCCCUGUUCAGCCUGGGCCCAGCACAGCUGGGGCAGUGAGGAACUCCCUGCCCCAGUCCUGAAUCCCUUCAGCUUAGCCUUGGGCAGCCUUCCUGGGAGGGAGAAAAGGGAAGCAGAAAAGCAUUACUGGGCCUACAUCUGCAGAUAUCUAAGCAGACUAGUGAUCAAGCAAUGCCAAAUUUAGGUUUUUACAGCCUAACUCAACAUGUUUAUCACACUGGGCUUUUAUCAUGUAGUGAUUUCAUGGUUAAUGUGUCCUGUACAAAAGCAUUCCCCGAGUCUGCCCAUUAGGAAAUUGGCUUUAAAAAAUUUAUUUUAAAUUCCUUUGUGGAUUUUACAGGAAGUAAACACUGCUACUAAACAAAUCAGAGUGCAAUUGCUAUGCUUAAGAAUUCCAGGAUAGGUUUCAAGAUAAAAUGAUUUGGUGGUUUUUAUUUUUCAGAAAUUUUGUGAGCUAAAUCUUUGCUCUAAUACCAGGCUUAACUGCUCAGCAGUGUAAUACUGGAUUUGCUGAUGGUGAUUUUGGAGAUCAGUGUGAAGAAUGAAUGAAGCAGACUGUCCUGGUUAGUCACAGCUUUGAUGCGUAAAUACAGAUUUGACUUUUGAAAAGUUCUAACCAUUUAUUUAUUUAUUUCAUACUCACUACAGCUGGUCCAAUAGGCAGUAUAAAAGUAAACAGGUUUUGAAUGAGGUAUUACACUUAAAGGAGAACAAAUUCAGUAUCAUAAGGCAGUGUAGCUCUAGAGAAGUUAAUAAUUAUUACAUUAGAUGUCAGAUAAUGAAAUUUUAUCUGAUUUCUUCAGAUUUAUCCUUGAUUUAUCACAAAGUAAAAGUUCAGGUGCAUAGCUUUUUAGGAACUGUCUCCAGCAUGAGUGACAGAUCAUGUAGCUCAUCUUCAUUCCCUCAACAUCCUAUAAUGCUUUGGCAUGUGCUGCUUGUCUUUUGGGAGCAAAGAAAUCCCAAUAAGACUGUUAAAAAAUUAGGAUGAGCAAGCAGGACAUCACAGUAAAAGUAAUAAUAAUAGUUAAAAACGCACAUCAGUUUCAAGAAAAGGGAUUCUCCCCAGUCUAGCAUCAUGCUAGUAUUUAGUCAGGUUUUAUUUUCCUCUUAGUGGGAGUGCUCUGAAUUUCAAGAAUCAUUACCCUACUUUUUAAAAAAGUGUUUCUAUAAUUUGCUGAAUACAUUUCAGGUUCAAAACUUGAGUUUUUGCUAGCAAGCAGAAUUUGUCUUAAAUAGAUGCAGGUUUAAGAAUGAAAGUAGAUAGACUGUUAGCUAGGCAUUUUGCUCCAUUUAUUAAAACAUGAAACAAUAAGGGAAAUUUUUAAGCAAAUACUAGAUGACAGUCCUGAAGCUUUUACGCCACUGACUUGCAGAGAUGCUUCAGUUUCUUGCCUUGAUAAUGCUCAGGUCAUUUGUAGAGCAAAUAUUUAAAAUAAAGAUGUAGAUGAACACAGUUUAAUUCCACAGUAAAUGCUCUGUCCCUUUAAUAAAGUGAGAAGCACACACACAACAAACACUCUGAUGCACAACACCUCCACUUGUGUACAAACACCAGCACAUGCAUGAUGCCACACAGAAGAGAUAGGAAUGUUCUGCACAACAAGUGAACAAAUACCAAAUCAGUCUGAACUAGAGUUUGAGCAGGACAAACAUAUUUUAGGGUUUUUUUCCUACCUUAUAUGCCUUUAAAAUAUACCAUUUUCUAUACUCUAUAUAUUCUGAAAAUGUACAUGAAAAUAAAGUUAAAACAAAUUCUUGUACUGUAUUAGCAAACUCAAUACAUUUAGUAAUCUGACCUUGUCUUUAAGCUUGGGAUAUAUUUACACAAUGUUGGAUGAGAAAUAGUUGAGUAUUUGUGUGAACAGGUGAAAUUAAAUUCUUCCUGCCUGUAGUAGAACCAGAAGCUGAUUAUUUUGUCCUUUGUUGAAGACUUUUCAGGGUAAGCAGAGAAAAUAUUAGUGUACUGAACUUUUAAAUGUAUGGUGUCAAAAGAAUGUCUUGAGUAAUGCAAGAACCACUGAUGCUCUGAGGAGUUAUUACCUAUAAGGUCUUUUUUUUUUUUUUUCCAUCAUUUGCAGAAACAGUCAUAUAUUUUAAGAUGAGGUUGAGUGCCUUGACCAUAAGAACAAAUAAUGUGAGAAACAAGCCUUCUGUAUCUGCUCUGGUCCAUGCUUUGGAUUUGCAAAUCACACAGCACACUUGGGUUUGUACAGAUCCAUUCAAAACACUCCCCCAACUCCGCAGAAAUAAUUUCCCAAACCCCAUAAAAAUUCUCCUUUGUAAUCAUAAUGAAUAAAAGGGAAAAGUCUCAAUUAUUAAAAUAUUUACUAUCAGCCGUGAACCUACCUUUUAUGUUUUUCACCCAGCAAGUAAUCAUCUGCAGCACAGGAAACACUCUUGGAAAAACAAUCUAUAAUAUUUAUGUCAAAUAUAUUUUUUAAAUGUU